AUGGGAAUUGCCAAAAGGUACAACUCAUGCGGAGAUCGACCACAAUCUCACCAACCGAAGGUGGUGUUUACUGGACGUCUCACUGGUAUCAACCCUCAGCAGCAAAUCGGAUCGUUCCCUCCGAGCAAAGUGCGAUUUAGCUUGCGGGAAGGGGAAAAGUCGUAUAUGACGGCCGUUGGAGAAGUCCAGACCAUUUGUGAACCGUCGAGGAGGUCCCAAUAA